GUUGCCAGAGCAACGGGAGGACGCUUUAGCGCAGCCUCGGCCCCCGCUCCCGCCCCCGCUUCGCCAUGAGCCACCCGCAGGGUAAAGCACCUUGCAAGCGGAAAUCGUCCAAGACACCCGUGAGGUUUUUGCCCCAGUUAUCUCCGGUGACGACGAAGCCUGAGUGGCAGCAGGGAGCUCCGUCCUUCCACCUGAGGUUGGAGCAGGAAGAUGAGGAGCGGAAAGAGUUCGUCGCCAAGAACGAGCUCUCCUCGGUCGAAUACCUGAAACAGAUCCAGAGGAAAGGCCCCGGCCGGGAAGAGGAGACGGAGGAGAGCGUGGCCGGCCCGGCGCCUUCUAAAAGCCAGACCGGAACCCCCCAGAAAGCCCGGGAGCAUUUUCGAAGCGCCCUCGUCAAUAUUAUCACGCAGCAAGAAUACGUCGCAGACUCUUCUUUGAUGCCGGAUGAAUCCCAGGCUCCCAGGACUUCCUCUCCUUCCUCGAUAGAGAAGGACAUUUUGCGUUACUACUACUACAUCCACCACGGGAUCGACACGGAGCACGUCGCGCCGAUGGAGGAUUCCUGGUUGGAACACGUCCUGGAUCUGGUCCCGCCCCAGCUGAAGAUUUUCACCGACAGCAUCCUGUCGCUGUCCGACGAGAUGAGAGAAGAUUAUCUGCUCAGCGUCAAGAAAUCCAUAGUGGACUUUGUUCUGCGAGACCCCCGGGAGAAAGAAGACGCCGCCAAAAAGGAAGAGGUGCCCCCGCACCGUGCCGAACUGAAGAUGGUGCCCAAGUCUUGGAGGAAAUCCUUCUGCGCCGCCCGCAGUUACAUAAGAGAUCACUUGAACGCCAUGAACCCAACGAUGCUGAGCGUUCUGGACCUUUGGCAGACGGCUUUCAGGAAAUUGCGUUUAAUCGAUAUCGAAGAAUUUCACAACCUCCAGGAGGCAAUCGAGCUGUCGGUGUUCCAGAGCAUCGCCAUGAAGCACAUGGAGUCGGCCAAAGAGAUCCUCCUGAAAACGUGGUUCCCAGAAGUGCAGAACAUCUAUUACCAAGGUAACAAACGCAAGCUGCUGCCCACCAACGCCGGCGGGGUCAAACUGGAAGCCUUCUUCAACUGCGCGGCCGCCCUGAUGACCGCUCAGCUGCAGGCCCUGGGGCUCAGCUCCCUGCAGGACUUCACCGACCUCAUCGCCCAGCCGCCGGAUUCCGUUCGAGCCUUCGAGCACCCAGGAUUCAUCCUGAGGGUGAUUCUGGACAACGACGCCAUCAAGUUUGAACCGGAGUUCAGCGAUUUUCAGGCUAUUUUUCUAAAUAUUUAUGACAUCAUGCUCAAAGCGAUCAGUUACCUGCCGAGAGUUGAGACCAAGUUGUAUGCUAAGUGGGAGAAUAAAUCCAGGUCGACCAACCUGAAGCCCAUAAUUCUGGAUGAGAUUCUAAGGGCCCAUCAGGAAAAGAUCAAAGAGGUCAUGGCCAAGGAGAGCAGAGCCCCGACUGAGCACCUCCAACUUUACGAUAAAUACAACCCCCUGAUUACAAGGCGAGCCGAGCAAGAGGUAGACGUCUUCCUCGCCCAGGACCACAGUUACGACGAAACGAUACGAGAAAUUUGCAAGUACCAAGAGCUGAGCGAGGAGAUACAAUACACCUCGAGAAAGUUCAUCCGUCUAGGAAUGUUCGAAGUGCACUGUGACGAGCUAAUCAGGUCCUUGGUCAAGCGAGCGGAUGCUAUCUGCGGGAAACUCAGAGCGAAAAUGUUCAAAGACCAUCAGGACUUAAAUACGAGAUUAUGCGACGACUUUGAGAAGAUAGCGGAAAAAGCGCUCAGUACGCCCCCGAACACCCACGCCCUCAUGGAGUUGAAGGCCUACAUACAGAAAGUGGAGACGGUGGAUAUGAUCGAGUUGGGGCAGAAGCUGGCGGAUUCCAAAAACUGCCUGGUUUUCCUGAUCGAGUCCACCACCUUCUCCCCGGCGGACAUCCGGCUGAACAACAACGUCUUCCAGUGGUACGCCAGGAUGGGCGAGAUUUUCGAAGAGCACAGGAAGAUCAUCAAAGAGAAAUCGGUGCAGUAUCAGGAGGCUCUGAAGUUACGCUGCGAGCGAUUCGCCGAGGAACUGGAGAGUUACGCCAAGCAAGCGGAGGAAUUCGCCGCCUUCGGAGACCUGCAGGAAAUCCACAGGUACCUCAAAAAGGCUCAGGCCCUCAACGCCAAGCUGGAUCUGGCGGCGGAAAAGAUCGGCCAGUUCAACGCGGAGGAAGAGGCCUUCGGGUGGGGGGUCUCCAUCUACCCCCAGCGCAAAAGAAUCCAGGACGGUCUGAACCCCUACCUGCGGCUCUACGAAACCGCCGUGGAGUUCAACGGCAAGCUCCGGGCCUGGACCGAGGGGCCCCUCCCGAGGGUGAACCCGGACCAGGUGGAGGCGGACGUGGGGAACUACUGGCGCGGCCUGUACAAGCUGGAGAAGGGCCUGAGCGACUCGCCCAACGCGCUGGCCAUGACCAAGAGGGUCCGGGCCAAGGUGGACGAGUUCAAGCGGCACCUGCCCCUCAUCCAAGUCGUCUGCAACCCCGGCCUCCAGAGCCGGCACUGGGAGGCCAUCUCGGAGACCGUGGGCUACCAGCUGAGGCCCUCCGAAGAGUCCACCGUCAACGGCUUUCUGGAGAUGAACCUGGAGCCCUUCCUGGAGCGGCUGGAAGCCAUCGGCGAGGCGGCCAGCAAGGAGCACUCGCUGGAGAAGGCCUUGGAGAAGAUGAUCGCCGAGUGGAGCGGGAUGGAGUUCGUCAUCCACGCCUACCGGGAGACGGGCACGUACAUCCUGUCCUCGGUGGACGAGAUCCAGCUCCUCUUGGACGACCACAUCGUCAAGACGCAGACCAUGCGAGGGUCCCCGUUCGUCAGACCGUACGAGAAGCAGAUGAGGGAUUGGGAAGGGAAGCUGCUCCUGCUUCAGGAAAUCUUGGACGAGUGGCUGAAGGUUCAGGCCACCUGGCUCUACCUGGAGCCCAUCUUCAGCUCCCCCGACAUCAUGGCCCAGAUGCCCGAGGAAAGUCGACGCUUCACCGCCGUGGACAAGACGUGGAAGGACCUGAUGAAGACCGUCCACCAGGAGCGCCACGUCCUGACGGUGGUGACCAUCGAGAAGAUGCUGGAGAAGCUGAAGAAAAGUAACGACCUGCUGGAGCUCAUCCUCAAGGGCCUCAACGAGUACUUGGAGAAGAAGCGGCUCUUCUUCCCCAGAUUCUUCUUCCUGUCCAACGACGAGCUGCUCGAGAUCCUCUCGGAGACCAAGGAUCCCACCCGGGUUCAGCCUCAUCUGAAGAAGUGUUUCGAGGGGAUCGCCAAAGUGGAAUUCACCGAGACCCUGGACAUCACCCACAUAAAGAGCAGCGAGGGAGAAGUGGUGGAGCUGAUAGAGACGAUAUCGACGGCCCGGGCCCGGGGCCAGGUGGAGAAGUGGUUGGUUGAGCUGGAGAGAGCCAUGCUCACGUCCAUCCACAAGGUGAUCGGAGAUGCCAUCGAGGCCUAUCCCCGGCACGAGCGCAUCCGCUGGGUGAGAGCAUGGCCCGGACAGACGGUUCUCUGCGUGUCCCAGGCUUUCUGGACCUCGGAAGUCCAGACGGCCAUUCGGAAAGGGCAGAAGGCCCUGGAGGAUUAUCUGCGGCAGAAUAACCGGCAGAUCGACGACAUCGUCGCCCUGGUGCGGGGCCGACUCUCCAAGCAGAACCGCGUCACGCUCGGGGCCCUGGUCGUACUGGACGUCCACGCGCGCGACGUCUUGGCCGCUCUGGUCAACAAGCGAGUCGGCGACGAGUCGGACUUCGAAUGGCUAAGUCAGCUGAGAUACUACUGGGAGGCAGGUAACCUCCAGACCAAGAUGAUCAACGCCGGCCUCCGCUACGGCUACGAGUACCUGGGGAACACCCCCCGCCUGGUCAUCACCCCUCUAACGGACCGAUGUUACAGAACGUUGUUCGGAGCGCUCCACCUCCACCUGGGAGGCGCCCCGGAAGGCCCCGCCGGCACCGGGAAGACCGAGACCACCAAAGACCUGGCCAAGGCCGUCGCCAAGCAGUGCGUCGUCUUCAACUGCUCCGACGGGCUGGACUACCUCGCCCUGGGGAAGUUCUUCAAGGGCUUGCUGUCCUGCGGGGCCUGGGCCUGCUUCGACGAAUUCAACCGCAUCGACCUGGAGGUCCUCUCCGUGGUAGCUCAGCAGAUCCUCACCAUCCAGAGAGGGAUAAACACGGGAUCCGACCUCCUCGUGUUCGAAGGGACGGAGCUGAGACUGGAUCCCACCUGCGCCGUCUUCAUAACCAUGAAUCCCGGCUACGCCGGACGAUCGGAAUUACCGGACAACCUGAAGGCUCUCUUCAGGACGGUGGCCAUGAUGGUCCCCGACUACGCCAUGAUCGCCGAAAUCGUCCUGUACUCCUGCGGCUUCGUCACGGCCCGGCCCCUGUCGGUGAAGAUCGUCGCCACGUAUCGCCUGUGCUCGGAGCAGCUGUCGUCCCAGCACCACUACGACUACGGGAUGAGGGCCGUGAAGUCGGUCCUGACGGCCGCCGGCAACCUCAAGCUUAAAUACCCGGCGGAAAAUGAAGAGAUUCUGCUACUUAGAUCCAUCAUCGAUGUGAACCUGCCCAAGUUCUUAUCCCACGAUAUACCCCUUUUCGAGGGAAUCACCUCAGACCUGUUUCCGGGGGUGAAGCUGCCCAAGCCGGAUUACAACGACCUGCUGGCCGCCAUCAAAGACAACUGCGAAGCCUUGAACCUGCAGAUGACCAAGCUGUUCGCCGAGAAGAUCCUGCAGAUCUUCGAGAUGAUGAUCGUCCGCCACGGCUUCAUGAUCGUCGGCGAGCCGUUCGGGGGGAAGACCUCCGCCUACCGCGUCCUGGCCGGGGCCCUCACCGACCUCUGCGAGAAGGGUCUGAUGGAGGAGAACAAGGUCCAGAUCACGGUGAUCAACCCGAAAUCGGUGUCCAUGGGCCAGCUCUACGGACAGUUCGACGCCGUGUCCCACGAGUGGUCUGACGGCAUUCUGGCCGUCAGCUUCCGGGCCUUCGCUUCCUCAGGGACUCCGGAUCGGAAGUGGCUGGUCUUCGACGGGCCGGUGGACGCCGUGUGGAUCGAGAACAUGAACACCGUCUUGGAUGACAACAAAAAGCUCUGCCUCAUGAGCGGCGAGAUCAUCCAGAUGUCCCCCCAGAUGAGCCUCAUCUUCGAGCCGAUGGACCUAGAAGUGGCCUCGCCCGCCACGGUGUCCAGGUGUGGCAUGAUCUACAUGGAGCCCCACAUGCUGGGCUGGAGGCCGCUGAUGCUGUCCUGGAUCAACCUCUUGCCGGCCGGGAUCAACGCGGUGCAGAAGGAAUUCAUCAUCGGCUUAUUCGACCGGAUCGUCCCCGUCGCCGUGGAAUUCAUUAGGAAACACGCCAGGGAAUUAUCUCCCACUUCGGACACCAACUUAGUCCGCUCCUUGAUGAAUCUAAUGGACUGCAUGAUGGACGACUUCGACGACGAAAUCAAAAUGAGGACUAAAGGGGAACGAGAAAUCUACUCCUUACUCGAGGGCGUCUUCGUGUUCUCGCUGACCUGGUCCCUGGGGGCCACCUGCGGAGAGGAUGACCGUCGGAGAUUCGACCGGCUGGUGCGGGAGCUCCUGGCCGGCCCGCUCCCGGAGGAGACCAGGGAACGCUACAAGCUGCUGAGCGGCACCGAGCGGGCCGCCGCCAAGGCCCUGACCGUCCCGCUGCCCGCGGAGGGCACCAUCUAUGACUACCGCUUCGUCAAAGAGGGCGUGGGGAGGUGGGAGGCCUGGGUGGAGCAGCUGGCCUCGGCUCCCCCCAUCCCUCAGGACGCGAUGUUCAGCGAGAUCAUCGUGCCCACGGUGGACACCGUCCGCUACUCCUGCCUGAUGGACCUACUGGUGAGACGCCAGAAGCCCGCCGUCUUCGUCGGCCCCACCGGCACCGGGAAGAGCGUCUACAUCAUCGAUUUCCUUCUGAAGCAACUGAACAAGGAUAUCUACAAACCGCUGCUCAUCAACUUCUCGGCGCACAGCACGGCGGCCCAGACGCAGAACAUCAUCAUGUCCAAGCUGGACAAGAGGAGGAAAGGAGUAUUCGGGCCCCCUCUUGGAAAGAAAAUGGUGGUGUUCGUGGACGACGUGAACAUGCCCGCCCGCGAGGUGUACGGCGCCCAGCCGGCCGUGGAGCUCCUCCGCCAGUGGCUGGAUCACUGGAACUGGUACGACCUCAAAGACUGCUCCGCGAUCAAGCUGGUGGACGUCCAGAUCCUCUGUGCCAUGGGGCCGCCGGGUGGCGGGAGAAAUCCAGUCACCCCUCGCUUCCUGCGCCACUUCAAUACCGUGACCAUCAACGAGUUCGACGACGACUCCAUGCUCACCAUUUUCUCGAGAAUCCUGGACUGGCACCUGGCUACUUGUUACCGUUUCCCGCCGGAGUUCGUGGAUCUGACGCCGCAGAUCAUCAAGGGGACGAUGGAUCUCUAUAAGGCGGCUAUAAAGAAUCUUCUCCCCACCCCGACUAAAUCCCACUACCUGUUCAACCUCCGGGAUUUCUCCCGCGUCAUCCAAGGAAUCUGCCUCUCGAGGCCCGAAACCAUGGAAUCGGUGGAGGCCAUUAAGCGCCUCUGGGUUCACGAGGUCCUGCGGGUGUUCUACGACCGGCUGCUGGACGGGGCGGACCGCGGCUGGCUGGUGGGCCACGUGCAGGGAGUGGUGCGGAGGGAGCUGGGCGAGGACUUCCACCGGCUCUUCCUCGGCCUGGACGGCGACGGCGACGGGCUGGUGGGCGAGGACGACCUGCGCGGCCUCAUGUUCUGCGACUUCCACGACCCGCGGCGGGAGGACACGGGCUACCGCGAGGUGCGGGCGGCCGAGGGCCUGCGCCGGGUGGUGGAGGCCCACCUGGAGGAGUUCAACAACCUGAGCAAGAAGCCCAUGCAGCUGGUCCUGUUCCGCUUCGCCGUGGAGCACCUGUGCCGCGUCUCCCGCGUCCUCAAGCAGCCGCGAGGCCACGCGCUGCUGGUGGGCGUCGGGGGCAGCGGGAGGCAGUCGGCCACCAGGUUGGCGGCCCACAUGGCCGACUGCCCGCUCUUCCAGGUGGAGCUGAGCAAGGGCUACGGGAGCGUCGAGUGGCACGAGGACCUGCGGGCCGUCCUGCGCAGGUCGGCCGAGGGCGAGGUCCCCUGCGUCUUCCUCUUCUCCGACGCGCAGGUCAAGCGGGAGGCCUUCCUGGAGGACAUCGGCAACCUCCUCAACGCCGGCGAGGUGCCCGACCUGUUCGCCGCCGACGAGCGGCAGGAGAUCUGCGAGAAGAUGCUGCAGCUGGACCGGCAGAGGGACCGCGCCAAGCAGACGGACGGCAGCCCCCUGGCCCUCUUCGGCCUCUUCGUGGCCCGCUGCCGGGACCAGCUGCACGUGGUCCUGGCCAUGAGCCCCAUCGGCGACGCCUUCCGCGGCCGCCUGCGGAGAUUCCCCGCCCUCGUCAACUGCUGCACCAUCGACUGGUUCCAGUCGUGGCCGGACGACGCCCUGCAGGCGGUGGCCACCCGCUUCCUGGAGGACAUCGAGAUGUCGGAGGCCACCCGAGACGGCUGCAUCGAGAUGUGCAAGAGCUUCCACACGUCCACCGUCCGCCUGUCGGAGCUGUUCCACGCCGAGCUCCAGAGGCACAACUACGUCACCCCCACGUCCUACCUGGAGCUCAUCUCCACCUUCAAGGUCCUGCUGGAGAAGAAACGCAACGAGGUGAUGAAGAUGAAGCGGCGCUACGAGAUCGGGCUGGAGAAGCUGGAGUCGGCGGCCUCGCAGGUGUCCAGCAUGCAGACGGAGCUGGAGGCCCUGCGGCCCCAGCUCCAGGUGGCCAGCCGCGAGGUGGACGAGGUCAUGGUCAUCGUGGAGCGCGAGUCGGCCGAGGUGGCCAAGACGGAGCGGGUGGUCAAGGCGGACGAGGCGGUGGCCAACGAGCAGGCCCUGGCGGCCAAGGCCAUCAAGGACGAGUGCGACGCCGACCUGGCCGAGGCCCUGCCCAUCCUGGAGUCGGCCCUGGCCGCGCUGGACACCCUCACCGCGCAGGACAUUACGGUGGUGAAGUCCAUGAAGAGCCCUCCGGCGGGCGUGAAGAUCGUCAUGGAAGCCAUCUGCAUCCUGAAAGGCAUCAAGGCCGAUAAGAUUCCCGACCCGACGGGCUCCGGGAGAAAAAUCGAGGAUUUCUGGGGACCGGCCAAGAGGCUGCUGGGGGACAUCAGGUUCCUGCAGUCGCUUCACGAGUACGACAAGGAUAACAUCCCCCCGGCCUACAUGGCCAUCAUCAGGAAACACUACCUGCCCAAUCCGGAUUUCGUCCCGGAAAAGAUUCGGAACGCUUCCACCGCCGCCGAAGGCCUGUGCAAAUGGGUCAUAGCCAUGGAUUCCUACGAUAAGGUGGCGAAGGUGGUCGCCCCGAAAAAGGUCAAGCUGAACCAGGCGGAAGGGGAGCUGAGCGUCGCGAUGGAAGGCCUGAGGAAGAAGCAGGCCGCCCUGCAGGAAGUGCAGAACAAACUGGCCAAGCUCAGAGACACCCUCGUCCUCAACAAGCAGAAGAAGGCCGACUUGGAGAACCAGGUGGACCUGUGCAGCAAGAAGCUGGUGCGAGCGGAGCAGCUGAUCGGAGGCCUCGGGGGCGAGAAAUCCCGCUGGAACCAGACGGCCUGCGACCUGGGCCGCCUCUACGUCAACCUGACCGGGGACAUCCUCAUCUCCGCCGGGGUCGUCGCCUACCUGGGCGCCUUCACCUCCAGCUACCGCCAGAACCAAACGAAGGAGUGGGCGAUCCUCUGUAAGAACCGAGAUAUCCCGUGCUCGGAGGACUACUCCCUGACGAGCACCCUGGGGGAGCCGGUGAAGAUCCGGACGUGGACGAUCGCCGGCCUGCCUUCCGACUCCUUCUCUAUCGACAACGGGAUCAUCAUCAUGAACGCGCGGAGGUGGCCGCUGAUGAUCGACCCCCAGGGUCAGUCCAACAAAUGGGUGAAGAACAUGGAGAAGGCCAACAGCCUCCACAUCAUCAAACUGAGCGAUUCCGAUUACGUGAGGACCCUGGAAAACUGCAUCCAGUUCGGAACCCCGGUGCUGCUGGAGAACGUCGGGGAGGAGCUGGACCCCAUCUUGGAGUCGCUGCUCCUGAAGCAGACGUUCAAGCAGGGAGGGAGCACCUGCAUCCGCCUCGGCGACUCCACCAUCGAGUACGCGGCCGAUUUCCGCUUCUACAUCACCACCAAGCUCCGCAAUCCUCACUACCUCCCCGAGACCUCCGUCAAGGUGACGUUACUGAACUUCAUGAUCACCCCGGAAGGGAUGCAGGAUCAGCUGCUGGGCAUCGUGGUGGCCCGCGAGAGACCCGAUCUGGAGGACGAGAAGCAGGCCCUCAUCCUCCAAGGAGCCGAGAACAAAAGGCAGCUGAAAGAAAUAGAAGACAAGAUCUUAGAAGUCCUCUCGUCUUCCGAGGGCAACAUCUUGGAAGACGAGACCGCCAUCAAGGUCCUGUCCUCCUCCAAGGUCCUGGCCAACGAGAUUUCCGAGAAGCAGGCCGUGGCCGAGGAGACGGAGAAGAAGAUCGACGCCACGCGCCUGGGCUACCGGCCCAUCGCCGUUCACUCGUCCAUCCUCUUCUUCUCCAUCGCCGACCUGGCCAAUAUCGAGCCCAUGUAUCAAUAUUCGCUCGCCUGGUUCAUCAACCUGUUCGUCCUGUCCAUCGAGAACUCGCAGAAGUCCGACGUCGUGCAGACGAGGCUGCAUCUUCUCCAGGACCACUUCACGUACUCGCUCUACGUCAACAUUUGCCGUUCGCUCUUUGAGAAGGACAAGUUGCUCUUCUCCUUCUGUCUGAACGUAAAUCUCAUGACCCACGAUAAGUUGAUCGACCCGGUGGAGUGGAGGUUUCUGCUGACGGGCGGCAUCGGGCUGCACAACCCGCACUCCAACCCCUGCCCCUGGCUCCCCCAGAAGUCCUGGGACGAGGUCUGCCGCCUCGACGCCCUGCCCGCCUUCCGAGGCCUCCGCCGGGACUUCAUGCGGCUCAAGGACGGCUGGAAAGUGGUGUACGACAGCUUGGACCCCCACCACGAGAUCCUCCCCGCCGAGUGGGAGGACAAACUGGGCACCUUCCAGAAGCUGCUGGUCAUCCGCUGUCUGCGCCCGGACAAGGUGAUCCCGAUGACCCAAGAAUUCAUCGCGGCCAACAUGGGCCGCCGGUACAUCGAGCCGCCGCCCUUCGACCUGGCCAAGGCCUUCGGGGACAGCAACUCCUCCUCCCCGCUCAUCUUCGUCCUGUCGCCCGGGGCCGACCCCAUGGCCGCCCUCCUCAGGUUCGCCGACGACCAGGGCUACGGAGCGUCCAAACUGAGCUCCCUGUCUCUGGGCCAAGGCCAGGGCCCGAUUGCUAUGAAGAUGAUGGAGAAGGCGGUCAAGGAGGGGUCCUGGGUGGUCCUCCAGAACUGCCACCUGGCCACGUCUUGGAUGCCCACCCUGGAGAAAGUCUGUGAGGAGCUGAACCCCGAUUCCGCCCACCCGGACUUCCGCAUCUGGCUGACCAGCUACCCGUCUCCCAACUUCCCCGUGUCCGUGCUCCAGAACGGCGUGAAGAUGACCAACGAGGCGCCCAAGGGCCUGCGGGCCAACAUCAUCCGCUCCUACCUCAUGGACCCCAUCUCCGACCCGGAAUUCUUCGGCAGCUGCCGGAAACCGGAGGAGUUCAAGAAGCUGCUGUACGGGCUCUGCUUCUUCCACGCCCUGGUCCAGGAGCGCCGCAAGUUCGGCCCUCUGGGCUGGAACAUCCCCUACGAGUUCAACGAGACGGACCUCCGCAUCAGCGUGCGGCAGCUACACAUCUUCCUCAACGAGUACGAGGAGCUGCCGUACGAGGCCCUGCUCUACCUGACGGGCGAGUGCAACUACGGCGGCCGCGUGACGGACGACUGGGACCGGCGCACCCUCCUCACCCUCCUCCACCGAUACUACGGCCCCGACGUCGUCGACGACCCCCACCACAAGUUCGACUCCAGCGGCCUCUACUACGCUCCGCCCGAGGGAGACCACGGCAGCUACAUCGCGUACACCAAGACCCUGCCGCUCAACCCCGCGCCCGAGAUCUUCGGCAUGAACGCCAACGCCGACAUCACCAAGGACCAGGCCGAGACCCAGCUGCUCUUCGACAACAUCCUGCUGACCCAGUCCCGGACCGCAGGGCCGGGGCCAAGUCGGCGGACGAGGUGGUGGACGAGGUGGCCGCGACGUCCUGGGCAAGCUGCCCGCCGACUUCGACGUGGAGGCGGCCCUGCGGCGCUUCCCCACCACCUACGGCCAGAGCAUGAACACCGUGCUGGUGCAGGAGAUGGGACGCUUCAACAGGCUCCUGCGGGCCGUCAGGGGCUCCUGCGCCGACAUCCGGAAGGCCAUCAAGGGGCUGGUGGUCAUGUCGGCCGAGCUGGAGGAAGUGGCCGGCAGCAUCCUGACGGGGAAGAUCCCCGGGACGUGGAUGAACAAGUCCUACCCCAGCCUCAAGCCGCUGGGCGGCUACGUCGCCGACUUCCUGGCCAGGCUGAGCUUCCUGCGGGGCUGGUACGAGAACGGGACGCGCCCGUCUUCUGGCUGUCGGGCUUCUUCUUCACGCAAGCCUUCCUGACCGGGCCCAGCAGAACUCGCCCGCAAGUACACCAUCCCCAUCGACCUGCUCGGCUUCGACUACGAGGUGCUGGAAGACAAGGAGUACAAGCAGGCGCCGAGGACGGCGUCUACAUCCACGGCCUCUUCCUGGACGGCGCGCGCUGGGACCGCAAGACCCACAAGCUGGGGGAGUCGCACCCCAAGAUCCUAUACGACGCCGUGCCCGUGAUGUGGCUGAAGCCCCGCAGGCGGGCGGACAUCCCCGAGCGACCCAGCUACGUGGCGCCCGUGUACAAGACCAGCGAGAGGAGGGGGACGCUGUCCACCACCGGGCACUCCACCAACUUCGUCAUCGCCGUGACCCUGCCCUCCGACCGGCCCCCCGAGCACUGGAUCGGCCGCGGGGUGGCCCUCCUCUGCCAGCUCGACUCCUAGGGCGGCGGGCGGGGAAGGAACGGGCGACACCACCCGCCGGCGUCUCGAGCGACGUUUAUUUCGGGGGGCGGGCCCCCGGGGGACGGACACGCCGCCGUCGACCGCGAGCCGGGGAGACGGCGUCCGGUCGUCGUCUCCAGCUUUAAAUUAAAAAAGAAAAAAAAAAAUCGUCCGCGGAUAAAAAUCGAGAGAUUCGGUUUAUGACACAAAUUGACCAAAAAAAAAAAAAAAACGAUAAAAGAAA